AUGAAGAAUUUUGAUGCAACAAAUUUUGAGGAUCAAACAGCAUUAGACCUAACAAGCAGCAAAGAUAUCAAGAAGAAAUUAGUUCAGGCUAGAGCCAAACUUACAAAGAUUAAGAAAAUUCAUUCGUUAAUGCAAUCCACGAAUGAGUGGCUAGUUCGCAACAUUCGUGUUAGAGGGCACAUGUCAGAGCAGAUACGCAGUGCUUAUUUGGUAGUGACCACUCUUGUUGCAACUACUACUUAUCACGCAGCAUUGAGUCCCCCUGGUGGACUUCACCAGAUUGGUGCUGGAACUAAUAACACUCUCACUCAUAUGGCUUCUAAUUCAUCUAUGAGUGAAGGGAAAUCAAUCAUGUCAAACGUGGACUUCAUUGCAUUUUCAACUACAAAUAUUUGUGCCUUUAUUGCAUCAAUUCUUACUAUUAUCAGUCUUCUGCCGAGGAGGAACAUUACCUGGUUUCUAGUGUAUGCAGCAACGGGAUUUCUUAUAAUUAGCUACUACUACUCUAUGGCGACGAUAUCUCCCAACAAUUUUACCACAACCUUUGUUUCGGUGGCUUUCUAUUUCCUUGCGGGGAUUUUCACGGUGAUGGUGGUUGCUACCAUGAUGCUCAAUUCAGCAUAG